CACCUCCAAACCUCCUGAUUAUGAAAAGAGUUUACCUCCUCUGAGCUGAAGUGAACAGUGUUUUAAGGUGAUAAAUGAGCUCCAUUGUAAACACGUUUUAAACACACAGGAUCUCUAAGCCUCCUCCUUCUUCCUGCUCUCAAACACAGUCAGCUCCUCUCUGUCCACAUGUUUCCUGUUCCCUCCCCUUCAGAUCUACAGUUUGAAGAUGGGUGGAACCAACAUGGUGGUGAAGUGCAGGAGCUGACAGGCCUCAUUCACUGCAGAGACACAUGUUGUUUAGAUCAGAGCUCAGACUGGUUUCACUUUUGAUGAAGUGAAAGUCAGACAGUCGUUGUUGCUGAGAGGUGAAAUGGCGCAAAAAGGAGUUCAGCUGGACCACGAAACCUUCUGUUGUUCGAUCUGUCUGGAUCUACUGAAGGAUCCGGUGACGAUUCCCUGUGGACACAACUACUGCAUGGACUGUAUUAAAACCCACUGGGAUGAAGAGGAUGAGAGGAGAAUCCACAGCUGCCCUCAGUGUAGGAAGACCUUCACACCGAGGCCUGUCCUGAUGAAAAACACCAUGUUAGCAGAUUUAGUGGAGCAGCUGAAGAAGACUGGACUCCAAGCUGCUCCUGCUGAUUCCUGCUAUGCUGGACCUGAAGAUGUGGCCUGUGAUGUCUGCACUGGGAGAAAACUGAAAGCCCUCAAGUCCUGUCUGGUCUGUCUGGUCUCUUACUGUGAGAAACACCUUCAGCCUCACUGUGAUGUGGCUCAGUUUAAGAAACACAAGCUGGUGGAGCCCACUGAGAAGCUCCAGGAGAACAUGUGCUCUCGUCAUGAUGAGGUGAUGAAGAUGUUCUGCCGUACUGAUCAGCAGUGUAUCUGUUAUCUCUGCGCUGUGGAUCAACAUAAAGGCCACGACACAGUGUCAGCUGCAGCAGAAAGGACUGAGAGGCAGAGAGAAGUCGAGGUGAGUCUACAAAACAUCCAGCAGAGAAUCCAGGACAGACAGAAAGACCUGAAGGUGCUUCAACGGGAGGUGGAGGCCAUCAGUCGCUCUGCUGAUAAAGCAGUGGAGGACAGUGAGAAGAUCUUCACUCAGCUGAUCCGUCUCAUGGAGAAAAGAAGCUCUGAUGUGAAGCAGCAGCUCAGAUCCCAGCAGCAAACUGAAGUGAGUCGAGUCUUGGAGCUUCAGGAGAAGCUGGAGCAGGAGAUCACUGAGCUGAAGAGGAAAGACGCUGAGCUGAAGAAGCUCUCACACACAGAGGAUCACACCCAGUUUCUACACAACUACCCCUCACUGUCAGCACUCAGUGAGUCCACACACUCAUCCAGCAUCAACAUCCGUCCUCUGAGAUACUUUGAGGAUGUGACGGCUGCUGUGUCAGAGCUCAGAGACAAACUACAGGACGUCCUGAGGGACACAUGGACAAACGUCUCAGAGGCUGAAGUGGAUGUUUUACUGCCACAACCAGAGCCCAAGACCAGAGCUGCCUUCUUAAAAUAUUCAUGUGAAAUCACACUGGAUCCAAACACAGCAAACACAUGGCUGUUUUUAUCUGAGGGGAACAGAAAAGCAACAGUAAUGAAGCAACAUCAGUCUCAUCCUGAUCACCCAGACAGAUUCACUGAUUUGUGCCAGGUCCUGAGCAGAGAGAGUCUGACUGGACGUUGUUACUGGGAGGUGGAGUGGAGAAGGGGUGGAAUUUGUGUAGCAGUCGCAUACAAGAAUAUCAGCAGAUCAGGGUGGGGACAUGAAUGUGUAUUUGGGUUAAACAACAAAUCUUGGUCAUUAUAUUGUCACAAAAACAGAUAUAGUUUUUGGUACAACAAGGUCCAAACUCCUGUCUCAGGUCCUCCGUCCUCCAGAGUAGGAGUGUACCUGGAUCACAGUGCAGGUAUUCUGUGCUUCUACAGCAUCUCUAAAACCAUGACUCUCCUCCACAGAGUCCAGACCACAUUCACUCAGCCUCUCUAUGCUGGACUUGGACUUUAUGAUUAUGGAGACGCUGCGUUCUGUAAGCUGAAAUAGACAGAAGUCCUUUAAUGGGCUGUGGGUUCAAUUCUGUUUUAAUUCUUCAACUCAUUUUGUCUUCAUGUUUGUUGCUGAGAGCUGAUUGUUGUGGCGUCUCUUCACUGCACUGAGAUCAGCUGUCAGUCAAACAUUGUUAAUAUUUUGUUCUCACCACUUUGUACUUUUGUAAGGAAAUUUAUAAUUACAUUUACAUUUAUUGCUUUGCCAGAGGAAGUCAGGAUGCUAACAGCCUCAUGUAAGUUAUGUGUAAAAUGUUAUUUCUAACUUUCUAACUGUGUCAUACAUGGCGGUCUGUGGUGUCAACCUUCUGUCAGUCAGAAGAUCGAUAAGUUAUUGAUUUUGCUGGUGGUAUUUUGGCUCUUGACUCGUACUAAUCUGAACGUUCACUGUGUGCCCUCAUCCAUCUUAACAGAAGAAAGUAACCCGUGUUUGAAAUGUUUGAACAUGAUUCUCCAUCAGCCGUGUUUGAUAGCCCGGAAUGAAGACGAGAAGAAAAUUCUUUGUUCCUUCUUGGAGUUACUGUUACUGUAAACAGCUGAAAUGACAAUAAAAAAACCUCUUGACUCUCA